AUGAAGCUCUCGCUGCCUAAGAAGGGCUCUUUUCGGCUCAGGCUCUCGCAAGAGACGGCGCUGGACAAUCAUGACCUCAAGCCCGUACCUCCGUCCAAGCGCACGUGGCGCGCUGUCGACUGGAUCUCGUACUGGAUCUCGGACCAGUUUGCGCCCGCCACCUGGCAGCUCGGUGCCUCGAUGGCAGCCACGGGUGUCACGGCGCGCGCAGCCAUUCCGGCCGUCUUCUUCGGCUUCCUCUUUGUCGGUCUUGUCAUGUGGGCUGCAGGCGUCAUUGGCGCCACCUACCACGUAGCGUUCCCCGUGAUCAACCGCGCACCCUGGGGCAUCUAUGGCUCGCGAUUCCCCGUCGCCGCACGUGCCUUCCUGGCACUCAUGUGGCUCAGUAUCCUCACCUUGACGGGAGGCAGUCUUACCGAGCAGUUGCUCAUCUCACUCUCGCCGCGCUUUGCCAACAUGCCUAACCAUCUGCCCGAUUCGGCCAACAUCACCUCGCGCGGUCUGCUGUGCUUCUUCAUCUACUGGCUCGUCCAGACGCCCAUCACCAUGAUCCCCGUCGCCAAGCUCAAGCAUUUCUUCAGGUUCAAGGCGAUUGUUUGUCCACCUGCUUUCAUCGCCAUUGGUAUCUGGGCGCUCGUCAAGACGGGUGGGGGUGGAGAGCUUGUGCGUGGACCAGUGACUGCAGGUGCCUGGCCGAUCAUAGUCGCACUCAAUGCAGCAACGACGAUCUACUGCACAGUGGCGGUCAACAUCGCCGAUUUCUCGAGGUUCUCCAAGACAGCCAAGGGGACGUGGCAGCAGGUGUUGCUGCUGCCUAUUACGGGCACGAUCCCGUGUGCGUGUGGGUUCUUUGCAGCCGAUGCUGCACUCACACUGUAUGGAGAGGCAGCAUGGGAUCCAGCUAAACUCAUCUCGCUGUGGCAGAGUCGCGCAUGGACGUUUUUCGGCGCCCUGAUCUUUCUCAUCGCCACCAUCGGAGUCCAGAUCAGCGCCAAUGCCAUCUCGUUUGCCACGGAUGCAAUGUCGGUCUGUCCGGCGUUUAUCGACAUUCGACGCGGCUGUGCACUGGCAGCUGUGCUUGCCGUGGCGCUCACCCCGUGGAACCUCGUCAACUCGGCUCAGGGAUUCAUCAACUUCCUCGGCGCAUACGGCAGCUGGCUAUCGCCCAUCUCGGCCAUCGGGUUGGUCGACUACUACAUCCUGCGUCGUGGUAAGCUCGAUAUUCGUCAGCUCUACGUCCACCCGGACGGCAUCUACAGCUACGGCAAAUGGGGCAUCAACCCCCGCGCCUACAUCGCGUUCCUGGUCGCCUUCGUCCCCAAUCUACCCGGCUUCAUCAACGCCAUCAAUCCAGCAGUCAAUCUCGACGUACCCAUCUAUCGCUUCAACUGGUACUUUGGCAUCACCGUCGCUGCACUCACCUACGGCGUACUGUGCAAGUACAUUUGGCCCCUCCCGCAAGAGUCGAUCCUCGAUGAAGCCGUGUAUCCUGACGAGGCAUACAUUUGGCCCGAACACGAGCACGACCACAUCAGCACGGGCAGUGUAGAGAAAGGAAGAGUGCAAGACCACAGCCCAGACUCCGGCUCCUUCGACCACCUCGACAUCGACAUCGUCCACGCAAAGUCCGACACCAAGGACGAGGACAUCAAAGAAUGA